AGAUGGAGCUCAGGGAGCGUCAUGUAUUCCAAGGUUGGCAUGAAGGAGCUAUAGAGUUUCCACCUACCUACAAGUACCACCCUAAUUCUGAAGAUUACAUUGGGUGUGGACAGAAACAAUUGACCAAAAAGAAGCGUGCUCCAGCAUGGUGUGAUCGAAUACUAUGGUUUGGAGAGGGAAUGAAGCAAAGUAAAUACAGCAGGAGUGAAUCAAAACUCUCUGAUCAUAGGCCUGUUAAGGCAUUGUUCAAAGUUGAGAUCAAGGUGGCCGAAAACUCUACUUGAUUCAAAGAUUUACAAGGGCAAUUUCGUCCAAGAGAUUUUGACGUCUCAUUGUUUACCAUUCUUGAAUUAGGUUUUUAGAAUUCUAGGAAGGUAUUCAUGUGAAGGCUCAAUUCUUUGUGAGACGUAUUUAAUUUGCCAAUAAAAAAAUGUUUUUCUUUUCUUAGAGAAAUUUGUACAAGUAGAUGUCAGAAUUAUUGACAAAAUACAUGAGUAGUUGAUGAGUCAUGAAUGUGAUAGUGUUGCAUAAACACUAAUGAAAGAAAAUGCCAAUUGUCAAACUUGUAUUUCAUAACAUCUUUGAAUUUCUAA